CAACACUAUUUUAACAUCACUAUGAACAACUCAACAAUCUACAAUUACACAUAACAAAUUGGUCUUAAUAUAUCAUGGCCGCAGUCUUUUUGUUAUUCAUAUAUAUUUCUUAUAAAUAAUUCUUUCUUUUUCUUAUUUGGACAUAUAAGCCACAAGUCUUAUGGGCUUAGUCCAUUUUAACUUCACAUUCAGAAAAAAAAAAAAAAAAUUUGCAAAAUCACAAGUUGUUAAUAAAAUUAAUUUUUGAUCUACGAUGACCGCCAAUACUGAAAAGAAGCCUGUAUCAUUGCCGCAGAAGCGAUACUAUCGGCAACGGGCGCACUCCAAUCCUAUAGCUGAUCAUUGUUUUAAUCAUCCUGCCCAUCCAGAUGAAGUGAAUUGGGUGGAAUAUUAUCCUGAUUAUGACGCUUAUCCAUCAUCAAAACGAGUAGAAUUUGCUGACGUAGGUUGUGGUUAUGGUGGCUUUUUAGUUACGUUAAGUGAAAUGUUUCCAGAUCGUUUAGCUAUUGGCUUGGAGAUAAGAGUGAAAGUCUCAGACUAUGUAAUGGACCGAAUUAAAGCAUUGAGGUGCCAACAUGUCGGACGCUACAGAAAUAUCGCAUGCAUUCGCACCAACGCUAUGAAAUAUUUGCCAAACUAUUUCGUAAAACACCAAUUAGAUAAAAUGUUCUUUCUUUACCCGGAUCCUCAUUUUAAAAAAGCUAAACACAAAUGGCGCAUUAUUAAUCAGGCUUUAUUGUCGGAAUAUGCCUACGUCUUAAAAAAAGGUGCCCUCGUUUACACAAUGACCGAUGUAGAUGAUCUCCAUAAGUGGAUUGUUCAACAUAUGGCGGAACAUCCAUUGUUCGUUCGGCUUACUCCUGAGGAAGAGGCUAGUGAUCCUAUUACUCCUAAAUUAUAUGAAAGUAGUGAAGAAGGUGCUAAGGUAGUAAGGAAUAAGGGUUGCCAUUUUCUAGCGAUCUUUCGUAGAAUCUAAUGUUAGAGAAACUUGAACGUUGACACAAAUAUACA